ACAAAACAAUAAAUCACUCGGAGUAACUUUAAUUUGUAGAAAGUAAACGAUUUUUCUUCAUUAUUUUCAACUUUACAUUUUACGAAAAAUUGUUCGAUCGAAAGUGUUUUAGGAUUGUACUCUGUCCUUCGUUACAGAAGUUGUUGCGGCUUGACCUCGAAGUUAUGUUUUUAUUCGGGAGUAGAAAUUUGAGAACCUCCCGGAUUAUAUAUUCACUAACUCUUUAAUAAACGCUAACCGAUAACAUGUCUACCGCGAAGAAAGCUCUCCAAUGGUUCGUUCUAUUCGUUGGCUUUCUAGGAAUCGCCACACUCGGAAUUGGAAUAUGGAAUUUGUCUUUUCCUCCCAGAUUCAAGCAUAACGAAGAGAUUGUUGUGAAAGAAUUGGGACUUUCUCCUAAAUUAACUGUCGCCACCGGCAUCUCAAUGAUGUUCUUAUCUAUUGGAUUAUGUUGCUACGAUUUAGAAAAUAGAAAGUAUCCGAUUAUAAUUGGAUUAUUGCUUCUUUUGAUCAUCGCUUCUUGUUUGUCUGCGAUGUCGAUAGCCAUUAAAGAUUAUUUACACGAAAGAAAGAUAUUUAAUUACGAUAUCGACGAUAUGAAUGAGUACGCUAAAUACAAGUAUCUUCACAUAUGGCCUCAAAGAGACGUCCAAUUGAGAUUCAAAGUCAUCGCCAUAACUAAUGGAUUUUCGCUUUUAGUCUUGAUAUCAGCGACAAUAACGUCUUUUGUACAAGCGGCUUCCUUGUAAAAUAAUGUAAAGAUAUGUUAAGUAGGCUUAUUCUCUAAAUAAUUGUUUAACACUUGAAAAUUCUGUUAAAAAUUAUAGAUUUAAUGCGAAUAAUAAUUAUAAACUAUUUUCGAUAGAAUUUGUACAUAAAUAAAACAUUUGAAUUUUUUUGAUUGAAUUCUUAUUUUUAUAAUUUAAAUUUUGAAUAUUAUUAUUGCUAUUGCUAUUUUCUGGCACAAGAGUUAUCCGGGGAAAACUGUGUGUGCCGUGAAAAUUUAAAAUAAAAAAUAUAAUUCGAAUUUAUGUUUAUGAAUUAUAAAAACGAUUAUUUCAGUAUUCUGAAUAUUAUGAUUAAAUAAUUUAUCACAAUUAAUUAAACCUAUCGUCGUCAUUUAUAUAAGGAAUUUAUCAUUUUUAUUGAUAAUUACAAACUUAAGCACAUAUCCUAAUGAAUAAUUUAUUUUUUUAGUUCUUUAAUAGCCAAAAAACAAGUAAUAUUAGUGUACUCUUCUGUACAUAUAAAUGGACGUGUUCGUAGCAAAUUCUUCCCCCCAAAACAAUAGUAAUAAUUAUUAUUCAAACGCAUCCCUUUAUUGUAAAAUAUAUUAUAUUGUAACAAAUUUUCAUUUAUUUUACUAUUUGUCUAUGUAUUUAUUUAUUUGAUUCUGUUUUGUUUGACAAUUGGAAAAA